AUGGCCAACAUUCAAUCUAUGACAGACCAGGAGUCUGAAAAAAAUAAUAGAGCAUCAUACACGACAAACGCUACAGGAGUCCUCAGUUAUAUGGAAACUGAACUCAGCCAUGAUGAUAAUCAAGAGGAAAUUGAAAGAAAUCUUGUGGAUGGCAACGAUGCAGCAAAACAAACAACAGAUACAGAUAAACCUUUCUAUCGCCGAAAGCGUUUCUGGGUUAUUUGCGGAGGAAUCAACGUCAUCAUUUUAAUCAUUCUAAUCCCAUUAAUUAUAUUGGUCAUAUUCCCGUCGGUUGCUCAGAAGGCAAUCAAUAACUCCAACCUAUCAUUCUCUUACAUGGCUCUUCAAAUGCCAAUAAAGAAUGACUCAUUCAGUAUGUCCGCUGUAGGAGAAGUCACCAAUGGUGGCUCGAUAAGUGGUAGCGUGACUUUUCCCGAACCUGUUGAUAUAAUUUGGAAGGACACGAAAAUAGGAAAAGUUCAACUUCCUGAUUCACAGUUUUCUGGUGGAAGUGCAAAGAUAAAUAGUACGGGAAUAUUCAAUAUCACAAAUGCGGAUGCUUUUGGCCAGUUUACCAUCGCGCAAUUGAGUAACGACAAUUUUACUUGGACAUUGGAUGGAAAAGUCGAUGUAAAAGCUUUAGGAAUAACGAAACGCGGGUUGGACUUCAAAAAAAAUAUUGUUAUUCAAGGUGGUGCUGGCUUUAAAAACUCAUCGUUAAUAUAUUACCAGUUUAUUACGUAUAACAACACCCCAUUGGGCGGACAAAGCGUCACCGCAUCUAUCUGGAAUCCAUCACCAAUUUCGAUUUUCCUAGGCACUUUAGGGCUCGACGUUUAUUACAAAACCACGUUUUUAGGUUUAAUUGAAUCCCAAAAUCUUACCAUUAACCCGGGUCAAAAUACGAUAGAUUUUGUAGGAGGCUUGGCUGUUAAUUUCACACUCCGCGAUAGUCCAAACGUGGCUGAGCUCUUUAGUAGAAUUCUAUCACAAGAACCGGUACUUACUACCUCCAAGGGAGCUUUUGCAAAACCAGAUGGUGUUAAUGAAGUAACCUGGCUAUCAACUGGAAUUCGAUCAAUGGAAAUGGAUAAUCUUCUUCCCAACGUAACACUUCCACCACUUCUUUCUUUAUUAAAUCUUACAUUGUUAGGAUAA